CGGCGAUGACGUGGCAGUACAACGGCAACUUUGACCAGCUCGAGUACAUGGUUCGACUCAAGGGUGGGUACGGCGGCAACGCGCAGUGCGUCAAGUACCUGCUCGGCUCCCACGACCAGUGCGGGAAGCGACCGGGUCACAGCCACGACCUCGGUCACUGGGUGGGCAGGUUCGGCGGCCGGAUGGAGUGGCGCGCGAGGGCCACGGCUCGGCUGUGGUGGGGCGUGAUGUGCGCCGGCCAGGGCUUGCCCAUGAUGUUCAUGGGCACCGAGACGCACCAGGACGGUCACUGGCACGUCGACGAGGACGCAAAGUUCGACUGGGGUUUGCUCAACAUGAUUGCCGAGAAGGGCGUGGACAACGGGGCCUUGUACGCCAAGCAGGGCAUGGCCCACGUCAAGGCUGCCAACGAGGUCCGGGUCAAACACAAGGCGCUCACCAUGGGCGACUACAAGCGAACGCACCGCGACGAUAACAACGGCAUCUUGGCCUGCGAGAGGUACUACCAGAACGACGAGACCGGGGAGAAGGAGCGACUCAUCGUCGUCGUCAACGCCGGCGACGGGCAGUGGGACGAGCAGGGCAUGUACGGCGUCGCCAUCGGAGGACAGUGGGAGAACUGCGCCGGGUUCGAGGAGGUGUACAACUCUCAGAGCGCCGAGUUUGGCGGAUGGGAAAACAGCGGCAACAAGCAGAGGGGCGUCAUCCAGCAGGAUAACGACCAGCUCAUGAUCUGCAUCCCCAAGCUGAGCGUCCAGAUCUUCAAGAUGCUCUGGGGGGCCCCGCCGGCCGCCGUCGACCCGGACGUCGAGCACGCGAAGCUGGCGGCUGCGGCGGCGCAGUCGAUCUCGGCGCUGCAGUAACUAAAAGUUCAAAAUUUUCAAUAAGAUUCCUCACGUCACCUU